AUGGUUCACACCCCUUCUACUAAUGGAGGAGCUUUGUUUUUUGAUUCAGAGAUCGAAAGGACACUCUAUUGGUUGAAGAAGGAAAUUCGGGAUCACUUCUGUCAGUUGCCUUAUCGCAUUGGUCUUGAGGAAGAAGAGAUGCCGCCAAGAGUUGAUCCGACAUUGAAGGAGCUUUCCGCUCCUAAUCUGGACCAGGCACCAUUGGCCAUCCAAUACCCGGAGUUUGGGGAGAAUGUUACUUUUGAGUUAAAGUCGGAUCUUGUUCAUAUACUGCCAAGCUUCCAUGGUUUAAAUGGGGAGGAUCCAAUCAAACAUCUUGCGGAAUUCCAUGUUGUUUGUACUAGUAUGCAGCCAAAGGGUGUUACGGAGGACCAAAUCAAACUGCGAGCCUUUCCUUUCUCAUUGAAGGAUAAGGCUAAUGAUUGGUUCUAUCAUUUGAGCCUCAAUAGUAUCAACACAUGGAGGGGGAUGAAGCAAGCUUUCUUGGAGAAGUUCUUUCCUUCAAGCAAGUUGAAUGAGCUUAAGAGGGCCAUUAGCAACAUUGCGCAAGGAUAUGAUGAGAUCCUUUAUGACUACUUAGAGAGGUUUAAGAGGCUCGUUGCUUGUUGUCCCUACCAAGGUUUUUCCGAGAAGGAUCUUAUGUUAUACUUAGUUGGUGGGCUUCUUCCGUAUGUGAGAAGGAUGGUGAAUGCUGCUUGUGGUGGAAACAUUGAUAACAAGACCCCACUCCAAGCCAUGGAGCUCAUAAAUGAGUUUGCUGAGAGUUCCCACACUUAUUCUAAGAGGAAUGCCACUCGGGGUGUUAAAGCUGCAAGUUUUGAAUCAUCUUUGAAUUCGGAGAUGUCCAACCUUAAGAAUAUGUUCCGGCAGUUCAUGAUGAGCAACAAUCCUCAACAAGUGAAAGCUUGUGGAAUUUGCUCCAAUACCGGUCAUCCUACUAAUGCUUGCCCAACCUUGCAAGAAGACACUCAAGAGGUGAAUGUUGUGGGCUAUCAAAGACAGAGAAAGUAUGAUCCUUUUUCCAAUUCAUACAAUCCCGGUUGGAAAGAUCAUCCGGCUUUCAGUUACAAGCAAGGGAAUCAGAACUUUCAAGGGAAUCAAAAUUUCCUACAAGGGAAUCGCCCUCCUCCGUUCAAGCAACCAUAUCAACCUCAAGGGCAAUCCUCUAGCUCUAACUCAAUGUCCACCGAAGAUAUGAUCAAAUCCUUGACUAAAAAUGUGACUGGCAUGCAGUCCAAUUUGGUGCAAUUUCAGCAAGAGACCAUGUCAAUCAUUUACAACUUGGAGACACAAAUGGGCCAAAUGUCUAGUGUCAUGAAUUGGCUUGAGGCCCAAAAUUCGGGAAAGUUGCCAUCUCAAACUGGGGUGAACCCCAAGAAGUAUGUGAGUGUCGUGACAUUGGGAGUGGCAAGGAGCUUGUUGAUCAUGCGCCCGGUAAGGGCAAGGUUGUGGAAGAGAAGACAAGAAUAG